UUCAGUUCCUCGUCGAACUUCAAAGCGUUUGGGGCUCACAACCGGUGGAAGGAACGUCCGAGCGAGUCGAGCAGGCCAAUAGCCCAGAAAACUGUGAAGGCGGGCGCGAACAAGUGAGCCGUAGCCAGCCCCCGAAGUAGCCGAGUGAAGUGGGGAGAGAAGAGUCGAAACUGCAGACGAAAUACAAGUGAAAAGUGAAAGAAAUUGUUGAAAAUUGGCGAAAUAUCCAAAACUCAUACAAAAAUAUACACCCGGGAGCUGCUGGCGGCUGAAUCGAAAGGAUAAACUUUUGGCACGCUAUGCCCACGACGACCCGUCGGGGUCCAAGCGGGCACAUUCGCAUUCGCAUUCGAGUGCCAGAGUGCGGUAGAGACAGAUAGAGAUACUCACAUAGAACAGAAGUACAUUCGAGGCUGAAGCUGAGGUCGAACAUGUGCCAAGGCCUUCGAGGGCUGUUUCGAAUUGCGACGGGAGCCACGAUGCUGCCUGAUUUUGACCAAGUCAAGUAAACAAGCCGAGCCAACACCGGCACAGACGCACGCCUAGCGCCUAGACCCGUAAAAUCACAAGCGAAAAAAAAACAAAGAGGACUUUUGCCGAAAAUGGCCGCGCCCAUCGACGAGAGUGUGCUGAACGCACUGAAGGGGGUGACCUCCAAGCAGACCCGCCUGCCCAAGCCGCUGCUCAUCAAGAUCUAUGUCGCCAGCCAGAAGCAGGAGUUCAACCAGGAGCGCCGCAUGCUCCUGGAGCUGGUGGGCCCCGAGCUGCAGGGCCUCUACGACGACCGUCAAAUCGAGUUGGAGUUCGUGGACAUGCACUUCGGCACUGGGGCGCUGGAGGUAAACCAGCUGGAGCGGGAUCCCUAUCUGCUGCAGGACUACCUGCACGAGAUCGACACCUGUCAUGCCCACACGAAGAGCGUCUUCUUUCUGGCGCUCAUCGGCGACGGCCUCGGACGCCUGCCGCUGCCCACGCACCUGGACGAGGACAUCUAUGCCGCGGUGCUGGCCGACCCUCAGACAACGGCCGACCAGGAGGCUCUUCUAGCCAGGUGGUACGAGAUGGAUCCAUCCAAGGUGCAGCGUCAGCUGAAGCAGGACUAUCGAGUACUGCCCAUGGACGCCUGGCUCAGCGAGUCUCAGCAGAUGCAAAAGAUGCUGGAGCAGGCGCUGCAAGGCUUUGUCCAAGGACCAGGUGCCUCGGCGCGAUCUGCAGACUUCCUGAAGCGAGUGCAGCAGCUGAGGCGCACGCAGAUCGAGCGCGAAGUGGAGCAGGCCAUGGCCCUUUCCAACGAGAAGAUCCUCGCCGUGUUUCGGGAACGGGCCGCCCAGUGCACCAAGCGGGAUGUGGAGGCCAAUGACCGGCUUCGGAAGAUCAAGGACGAGCUCACUAUGAACCUCUCCACGGACAAUCACACAACCCUAGUGGUGCCAGGCAGUGCCUCGUGCGAAAUGAUCGACCCGGACAACGAGGACCACGAGUCCUAUCUCAGCAAAUUCAAGAACAAAGUCACCGACAAGCUGCGUCUGCUAAUCGAGGCGCACAUCACCAAUGAUCCCGAUGUAAUCAAGGGGAGGAAAAAGACUGUUCAGGAAAUCUUUCACGAGCACGCCACUCACCUGCGCAUCCUGCGCGAUCAUGUGGAGGGGGCGGCCCUCAUCGAGUCGCGGGUGCCACCGCAGCUGGGCCAGAAUCUGAUGGCGAACUUCAGGAACGGCAGCCGGCAUGCGCCGUACUUCAUUUGCGGCUCGGAUGGCAGCGGCAAGAGCGCCCUGAUCAGCACCCUGUACGGGCAGGUGGCCGGCUGGUUCGUCUCGACGAAGGUCCACCGCGUGAUUCGCUUCGCCAAGGCCACGCCGCGCUCGGCCUACAACCUGGAGCUGCUGCGCGUGAUCUGCCAGCAGAUCUCGAUCAUUUUCAACAUCCCCGAGGGCUACCUACCCAAGGACGCCUCCUUCGAUCCGCUGUACAUCAGCACCUGGUUCCAGAACCUGCUGCGCCGCGUCGAGGACAUGAGCAACGACGUCCUGUUCCUGUUCAUCGACGACCUGCACCUGCUGAACCCCCUGGACUGCGACAUCGUGACCGCCCUCUCCUGGCUGCCCACCUCGCUGCCCUGGAACGUGCAGAUCAUCUGCAGCUCCACCACCCCCGUCGAGCAGCUCAAGUUCACGCCCAUGCAGCGGGACCGCUUCAAGUCGGCGGAGUACCAGUUCGACCUCAACCUGGGCGAGUACGCCACGGAGCUGCGGCGGCCUCCGCAGUGCGUCUCGGACGUCAGCUUCGUCCUGUACGUGGAGCAGCAGUUCGACGGCCUGGAGCGCCACUACGGCAGGCAGGCGGUGGGCAGCCUGGCCGCCUACAUCACCUGCUCCGAGUACGGGCUGAGCGAGACGGAGCUCCUGGAGCUGCUCAUGCCCACCGACGAUCCCGAGUCCCUGAUCGACACCAGAAGCGGACACUUCAGCUUCGCCACCUUCAAGAAGAUCCACAGGGAAAUGGACAAACUCCUGCUGCUGCACGACAAGAUCAUGUCCGGCAAGGUGCUCAUCCAGUGGCGCCACAACUACUGCGCCGUGGUGGCCAAGCGACGGUACAUGGACGGGCAGAGGACGCGCAACCUGCACAUGGAGCUGGCCAACCUGUUCUUCCCGCAGGACGAGGACGAGAGCACGUUGGAGAACGAGUCCACCCAGAGCGAGAACAAGUCCGUGAUCAGCCUCAAGGACACGCUCAGGACAGUCGGCGAUCUGCCGCACAAGGAGAGGGAGCGCGAGAAGGACAACGUCUCCGCUGGCCGCAAGUCCUCCUCCACCCACCACAACGACGACACCUCCACCUUCUACAACCCCAUCGCCGCCGACGUCAGCUACAGCAUGCGGCACGUGGAGGAGAGCUGGCACCACCUGAUGCGCUCCGACGACACGACACGCUUCAAGCAAAUCGCAGUCUGCAACUUUGAUUUCCUGCUGGCGGCGGUACAAACGGUGUCGAUCAGCUAUCUGCGCUGCCUGAUCGAGCACGUCCGCUGCUAUAUCCUCGACAGGGACAUCGAGCUGAUCUACUACACGAUCCGCAAGUCCAGCGACGUGCUCACGCGCGACCCCAUGCAGCUGGGCUCCCAGCUGAUCUCCUGGCUGCGUCCGAUCAGCGAGCACGACGACGACGACAACUCGCUGCUCAGCAUGACGGUGCGCUCGGCGACGGCCUGGUGCGAUGGCUACGCCGUGCCGCUGCUGGUGCCGCUCACGGGAUGGCUGCCGGCACCGCUGCCCUCGCAGAUCCGCACCAUGACGGUGUCGGGCACGGGCGUCAUCCGAGCCGUCUGCCUGGCGCCCUCGAGGCAGCACCUCAUCCUGGCCACCAGCUCGGGCGAGGUGCAGCAGUGGCACAUCAUGAGCAACUCGCUGGAACACAUCUUCAAGGGACACACUGCGGCAGUCACGUGCCUGCUGGUGGCUCCGACCAGCGAGCCGGAGCUCCUCCUCACCGGCUCCGAGGACACCAGCGUGCUCGUCUGGCACGUCUCGCAGCGCGACCGUCGGGCGCACAUCAACGCCCACACAGCCCCCAUAACGGGCGUGGCAGCCGGGGUCAAUAACACGCUGAUCAUCAGCAGCAGCGAGGAUGCCACAAUCGCCAUCACGGACCUGGCCAGCGGCAAACUGAAACACCGAAUCAGCCACCAUCGCGGCCCUGUGAGCGGGAUCCUGGUGGCCGGAGCGUGCGAUGUCCUGAUCUCGGGCAGCCACGACCGAACCAUCUGCGUGUGGAACCUCGAGAACUUUGCGCUGCUGAACACCAUGCAAAUGCUGAGUCCCGUCCUGCGCAUCGACAUCUCAUGGAACUCGGUAUUCCUCCUGGCCCUGUGCGAGGACAAUGCCCUCUAUGUGCGCACUCUGGCCACGGGCAAGGAGCUGCACACGCUCAAGGGCCACAAGUCAAAGAUACGGACCAUUUCCAUUGGCAAGGACAGUCAGCGCUGCGUGGUGGGAUGCGACGAUACGCGAGCCCUGAUCUACGACAUGCACUCCGGCAAGCUGGUGCGCUCCAUGCCGCCCAACCCGGGGCCGGUGACCGCCGUCUAUGCGAUGGAGAACGACGACUUCCUGGUCACGGUGGGCGGCAACAAGAUCACGUUCUACUCGUUCCGCAAUGAGGAGCUCUACGUGAACCCGUACUCCCGCAACCCGCGCCGCAAGCGCAGUCUGAAGCGGCACGCCCAGGCGCAGCGCUCGCCCUCGACGACCUUGCCACCGAUCACGUGCUUCGACCUAUCCCGCGACUCGCAGCUGAUGGCCAUCGCCUCGGGCCGCAGCGUCCACCUGAUGCGCAUCAACACGCCGGAGUACCAGUGCAGCCUGGAGGGGCACGCGGGCGUCGUCAACUGCCUGAAGUUCGCGCCCAACGGAGAGUUCCUCACCACGGGCUCCGAUGAUCGGCUCGUGCAGGUGUGGAACCUGGCGGCCACCGAGACCAUUAACACCUUCAAGGGGCAUGCGGCGCCGGUGAUCAAGGUGGUGGUGCUGAUGGACUCGCUGCGAGUGAUCUCCACGGACCGUGACUCGCUGCUGCUCGUGUGGAUGGCCAGCUCGGGCAACCUGCUGCAGACCAUCCAGGGCCCCUACAAGAGCCUGGUGGUGACCAACAACAUGCGCUUCGCCGCCUCCAGCAACGGGGACAACACUUUGAAGAUCUGGUCCCUCACCCAGGAGGACGAGAAGUACUCGGUCUCGCACUCCGACGAGAUCACCUGCUUCGAGAUCAGCGCCGACAGCAUGCACAUCAUCACGGGCUCCCGGGACAUGUCGCUGAAGGUGUGGCAGUCCACGGGUGGCAAGCUCAGCCAGGUGCUGGUGGGCCACAGCGACGCUGUGACCUGUGUGGCCGUCUCGGUAACCAACAAGACGCAGGUCCUCUCCGGCUCCAAGGACACGAACCUCAUCCUGUGGGACCUGCUCACUGGCGAGGAGGUUCACACGCUGGCCGGACACUUGGGUCCAGUGAUCGGAGUGAAGGUUUCGGCAGAUGGAUCCACGGCUGUGUCGGGCAGCGAUGACAAGACCUUGAUCGUGUGGGAGACGAAGCGCGGCCUGGCCCUGACCUCGCUGCAGAUGCACGUGCCCUUCACCCACUUCGACAUCAGCCUGGAGGUGUCGCGGGUCCUGGUCCAACUGGUGGACAGCUACAACCUCCCGGUGAUCUGUCUGCACAACACCCCGGCGCAGUAUGUAAAGCUGCCUACGUACUCGGGACCCACCAAGGAUGUGGAUGAUCUCCGGCCGCAGGGCCCGAAGCGCCAGAUGAAGCGCCUGCUGAAGAAGGAGGUCUCCCUGGACACAUACACCUGGCAGAAGAAGUACGGCCACCUGACCUCGUCGGUCAUGAUGGCCCAGGUUGACGAGCGCCUGAAGCGACGCUUCAGCGUCUCGGCCAGCAUGGAGGAGAUCUCGAAGAUCGCCGAGAACAAGACGGGGGCCUCCAAUGCCAACAUCGGUCCCGAGCAGGCCGCUCUGGCCCAGUCGCAGCACUUCGACCAGCUGGAGGCGCUGUGGAACAAGCGGUCUCCGCCCCGACGCCGCCACAACGCGGGUCUGUCGAGGCAGACAUCGCUGGUGGAGGACCGUCUCGAGUCGUCGGACGACGACGAGUACCAGGACGAGCGCGCAGGUAUGUUGUCAGCCUCCUACGACCACAUCCACCUCCUUGCACGCUUGCCUGGCAUCCGCUCCCUGAACGAUGCAUGGAAGACAAACAGUCUGCGAGUGCCGAGAACCAAGUUCUACGUGAGCACCCCCCCACAGACCAACAGCAGCCACCAGCUGAACGCGACCAGUCGGACAGAACCCCCCAACUCCGAACAGAACGCCGACAGCAGUGCGACCCUCCACCGGGUGGCGCCCGACUUGGUGAGGGAUCUGCUACACCCGGCCCCCUCACCGGCAGAGUCCCCUCGGCUGAUCACUCUGCGGAACUUCUUCCACUGGCCCAGCCUGAAGUCGCACCUGAUGCGCGGUCAGCGCCAGAGGAACUGCCUGUCCGUCCAGCCACACAUGCGCCUGAACCCGCCGGACCCCCUCCGACCCACGCCCAUCAUCGUGGUGGAGAACUGUGACAGUCGCAAUGUGCAGCGCCUACGCACCGAUCUUGUCCUGCACCCGCAGUACAGUCGCGCCUCAUUCGGCCACAUUGAGGCGGACGAGCACGAGGUUCCCUUGGCCAAGAGGUCAUCUCCCUCGAGUGGCGGCUACCUCCGCCGCCGCUGGCACCUCCUGCGCCACAAAUCCCCUUCCGAACGGAGCGGUCCCAAAGCCAAAGCCAAUUCCAAUACGAACUCGAGCUCCCAAGAGUCAACAGCCACUUGCAACGAGUGUGUGGCCCAAUGACACCACCACCCGACGAACCCCUCCUUACAGCCACACAACCACUCUAGCCAUUGCUCCACUGCACCACACGACUUUUGUUCUCCUGCACUUUUAUCCAACUCUUUACUCUUUAUACGUACUAUGUAGUUCUGGCCAUGCGUAGAUGCUCCCGACUAGUCGAGUCGGACCUAUUUUUUUUAAUAAAAGUUACCACAAUUUAUUUGGUUUUAUUUUGCGUGCUCGUUCAUUUAUUAUCCCCAAUUAUCAGUACCAGAAUGAACAACAGACCCACAGGCAGAAGCCAGGUGAGUACACUUAGCGAAACAUCAGUGAAGGUGGAACAACACUCGGUCAACAGGGGUCCUUAGUUUCUGGUGAAUUCCGGAUAUUCACAAUCGGAUAGUUCGAUACUGAAAUGAUUUACGAGAGGAUUUUCUCAUAAAGGAAAGUGUAUAAUUGUUUACACCCCAGGUUGCCCACAAGAGGCAGUUCUUUGAUUCGACCAACAAUCAGGGGUCUCCGGAAGCACCUAAAAACUUGGCAAAAUAUUGUAAAUUGAAGCUUGGGUUUUCUACAUAAGAGGACUUAAAGGGCAGCCCACAUAUAUACACAUUGUUAUGCAACUAUUUUCCAAAGUAUCCUGCCUUAACAUUCAGCUUUUCACUGUCCCCGACGCUGGGGGGUUUGAUUUCUUUCUGCUUGUCCGUUAUCGGAGAAAUGUGGAAAAGUUGAUAAUUAGAUUUUCCUCGUGAAAUGGCAAACCAACAGCAUCAAUUAUUCGACUGCAAAGGGGUUUUCAUAAUGCUCAAUCUCCCCCAAUCGGACCCCAUCCGACCCGACCCGACCGGACCACUGGGUGCGCUCAUUUCUCAGUUGGCGAGGCAUGAAAUUGCAAUCAAUGAAACUGCAACGCGAUUAACUCGAUAGGCAAAGUGAAGGCCAACGCAUCGCUGGCUGGAUAAUGAAUUGAAUUGCCCGAUUUAAGCGAAUUAAAAUCCAUCGAAGCCGAAUGGGAGCGAGUCGGGUGCAGGCAGGGCCUGGCUGGGGGUUCUUUCAGAUGUGAAGGUGAACGCGAACCGUGCUCAGCCCAGCGAGGUAAGCAGCUGAAAAGGCGUUCUCCAAGCUCUACUUUAAGUUCAUCAAUUCAAUCCUACUCCUCAGGCAUGUUUUGCUCUCUCUCUCUCAACACGCCAGAAGAUCCAGCAAAGCCAGAGCGGAACUCGCUCCUUUGUACCAUACUACUCGUACAUAUACUCGACCACCUGAAUGUAAAUUGAUUGUUACUUGAUUUGUUAAUAUUCGUUCUAUACAUACUCGUAUAUACGUGCAUUUUCACCCACCUCCCAGUCUUCUCGAACCUCAUACCGUUCUCCGCUCUCUCGAUGUGUAUAUAUGUAUAUGUAUACUAUGUAUCUAUAUAUUUGAAUACCUACUCGUUGAAUUUAAAGUUGUUGUCAAGUUGCCCAGACGCACAGUUGUUUGGACAAAAGUCCGCUCUUAACGCAAAUGAAAAUGAAGUUCCCAUUUUCCAUUCCAACAACCCGACCAAACCACAACUCCAAACUCUGAAAUGAACCACCAACGAAACACCAACAACAGCCAACGCCCACAGUUCGAAAACCAGUUCCCGCAGCUCCCUGCACCCAUAGACAACUGUGAAAUGUGAACUGUGAACUGUGACCGCAGUAGCAGAGCAUCGUACGGCAGGCAGGCACCAACCCAACAGCCCCAACAGCUACAUAUACGUCGAUAAAUAUUACAAAAAAACCUAAACUAAACGAUAAAACAUGUUUACUCACCAAUGCUUGUUUGCAAGGAGAACGCACAUACUCGUACCUAUACAUAGAUCUACAAUUACAAUUACAAUUACAAAGCAGCCCUCUCGAUUGGCAUUUCACUACCUAGACCUCAGCAAGCACCUCUAAAAAAAAACGGCACGGCACUGUCCAAAUUGACGAACCGACCCGAUUCGGCAAAUGUAGAAUAUUUUGUGAUUUUGUUUUCUGUUCUUAGACGACUUCGACGAUUUCUUUUAGGGGAAACCCAUUAUACCAGAUAAGAUACUCGUACUCCUGCAUAGGAGACACGAACACAUACUUUCGAACAUGUACCUCAGGCAAAUGCUGAACCACUUUUGAGAAUUCUACAUGCAACUUGCAAUAUAUUAUAUUGUAGUACAGAAACCAAAACAGUUUAUCCAAUAUCAGAGUUAUAACAAUAAUAUUAACCAAAUAACGACACAAGAGUUGAUUUGCACUAAGCAGACUGCACCUCCAAAAGCUGGAUCCGAAAACCAAUCAAAUCACUUCGCUUCAGGAGGAGGAGGCUACCACAAGGGAUAAGGCCUGAGCCGGCAGCAAUUACACUUCUACAAUUAAGCAAUUAAGACACAUUAAGAAACAUUCCAGAAGUUUCCAGAAUCAAGCAAGCAAUAAGAAGCGUAACGUAACCAAACCAAGCGCCACAAUUAGCCGCCAUCUUCCCUCGAGUCGAGCUUGGACUGGGGAUCCCUCCCAUUUGUGUGUAGAUGAACGAUAUUUAACCAGAUAAACCACCGUCUCAGACUUUGUAGGAAUUAUAGCAUUAAGUGAGCCAAUUUGGACAUUUUAUUGUUGUUGAGUGUUUUUUGAACUAGUACACUGCAUCUGCAUCUGCAUCUACAUAAUUAUAUAGUACCACUUAGGAAUAACGUAGAAUCUCUUCAAACGAGGAGUGCAAACACACUCUCUCUGAGGGGCUAAAAGCGUAACUAUGCUUAAAAUGAAAACCAAAUACAUACUCGUGCAUGCAAAAUGCAAAAAACACUAAUACGAGCACGAGCGAAGAAUAAACUGUCUAUAAUAAGCUCCCACUUGAGUCCCAGCCGUGUAGGGCUCCACAGAGUACCCGAGCAGAGUGGAGUGCCCUCGGCUCCUGCGCCUGGGACUUGCACCUCCCUUGGAGAACUUCAAUAACUUUCUGACAAUCAGAGGUUCUGGCCUAGAACGAAAAAACAUUGAUAUUUCUACACAGAUAUUUCUAUGCAUGCCACAAGUGAAACUUUGUUAAACUAAGAAAAAAACCCACAUAUAUCUACGUUCUGCGUAGUGUAGUGUAGUGUAUUGUAUUGUAGUGUAGUGUAGUGUCCACCAGACGUAGCCGACCAUCUCCCGAGGAACUGUGCAUCUGGAAAUGGCUAUGGACUUGGAUAUAGAUAUGAUAACACACAUACGCAUAAACCUAUAUGGAUCAAUGUACACACACACACCGUCUAUGUCUAUUAAACCGAAAUAAAACUCUACUCAACUUUACUGCGAAACGGCAAAACACAA